AUCUUACGCGAAUAAUGCACCGUUUAUUUUCGAUUACGUUUGGCAAUACAUUUUGUCGGAUUCUCACGAAUGUAUUUGAAAAUAUCGACUAUAUAUUUUUUGCAUCUGUCAUGUCAAUAGGGCUCGAUUUAUUUUUGAAUUUGGGCAUUCGGACUUCCGUGUUAGCGUUAAAGUUGCCGUGUUUUCAGUUAAGUUUCUUAAAAAGUGUUAUUUUACGAACUGGGAAUAACUCGAUUUUACGUACGAAUUAUGAACGUUUAGGCACUCCGACUGCGUAAAAUUAAUUAGUAUAGUUGGUUUUUCUUGCUGCUUUGCUGGUUAUGGCUCGCAGUGUAUUCAAUGCUGCGCGAUUUACAAGAAAAUCCAGAAGCAAAGAAGAAGUCUAAGUUCAAAGAUAUUUUCACUCCCUCGGAACUGAGGGGAUGCCGGCCAGGAAAAUCUGUCCACAUGACGGAAGCCGAGGUGCGCGGCCUUUGCCUAAAGUCACGGGAGAUAUUCCUGCAGCAGCCGAUUCUGUUGGAACUGGAGGCGCCGCUAAAAAUUUGCGGCGACAUCCACGGGCAGUAUACGGACCUGUUGCGAUUGUUUGAAUACGGCGGUUUCCCCCCUGAGGCGAACUACUUGUUCCUCGGUGAUUACGUGGAUAGGGGCAAACAGUCGCUCGAAACUAUCUGCCUCCUGCUCGCCUACAAGAUAAAAUACCCGGAGAAUUUUUUCCUGCUGCGUGGUAACCACGAGUGCGCGUCCAUCAACAGGAUAUACGGAUUCUACGAUGAGUGCAAGAGACGGUACAACAUUAAGCUGUGGAAAACGUUCACCGACUGCUUCAAUUGCUUGCCAAUCGCCGCCAUUAUCGACGAGAAGAUAUUCUGUUGUCACGGUGGUCUCAGUCCCGAUCUGCAGGGCAUGGAGCAAAUUAGGAGGAUAAUGAGACCGACCGAUGUCCCGGACACCGGGCUACUCUGCGACCUGCUAUGGUCCGACCCUGACAAAGACGUCCAGGGUUGGGGCGAAAACGAUCGCGGCGUAUCCUUUACGUUCGGCGCCGACGUCGUCAGCAAAUUUCUGAACCGUCACGACCUCGACCUGAUAUGUAGGGCCCACCAGGUCGUCGAGGACGGUUACGAGUUCUUUGCCAAACGGCAACUAGUCACGCUAUUUUCCGCGCCGAAUUAUUGCGGCGAGUUUGAUAACGCCGGCGGCAUGAUGAGUGUUGACGAAACCCUGAUGUGCUCUUUUCAGAUUUUGAAACCGUCCGAGAAGAAGGCCAAGUACCAGUACCAGGGGGUGAACUCGGGACGUCCGUCGACGCCGCAGAGAAACCCGACGCCCAAGAAAAAGUAGAGGGCGGCAGCGACGAGAACGAAUUUAGAGUCUUUUUACGUGUGCGUGAUGUUAUUAUUGUUUCAUUUUAUAUUGUCAAGCAUUUUUUUUUAACAAAGCGUCUUAUGCCCCCCCGCUCGUCCCGCCUUUGAAAGUAUUAUUAAUUUAUUAACGACGGUUAGGGUGGCGCCGAGGAGGAAAAUUGUCCAGACAACGUCCGUCCGUGCAAUAUUUGAAAGGUGGCGCAGUCGCAAGGCUACAUUCCAUUCAGGAGGGGAGGGACAAGAU